ACCAUGGAGCCGAGCAUUACGCAUAAUUUAUGUACACAUUUUAUUCACUGAAAAAGACCAAGUGGAAGUGAAUAAGGCUGGGAACCUGCUGAACAAGUUAUUUUCCUAUAAUUAGAUGGCAGAUCGGAGUAACAUCACCUGGAAUCGCAGAGCGGCGUCUGGUCUUCGGCACACCUAGCAACCCUCAGUCGCGACGUAUACCUUUUAUAAGCAAAAUUUCUCGGUGGGCAGACGAACCUGAACUUCCGAAUUUAACCCCUGAAUCUCAUCUAAAAUAAACUAAAACCGCAUUUAACCGCGUGGAAACCCGAGAACUGCUAAUAUUCCAGUGUGACAGUGAUUUUUCCCUACUGUGCGAGCCCGAAAACCCAAGUAAAAACCAACUUCCGCAGACGUCAGCAAGUGCCACAUAAAAGAGGAGAAUUAGAUGGAAUAAACAAAUAAACAGGCGUGAUUCGAUAAACAAGACCAAGCACAGCACAGGGCAGGAAACUAGGAGCGGCCGGGUGUGCCGUGCUGUCAUGCAUUUUGUCACACAGCAGCGGGCACAACAGCAGCACCACAAGUCCUCCGCCUCCUCGUCGAGCUCCUCGCUGGCCUCCAGUUCCUCGUGCUCCGGUUCCGGCUCGGGAUCAGGAUCGGGAUCGGGAUCUGGCUCCCGCUUCGUGACCCUGCGCAAGUCCUCCAGCCAGGGGGCCCUGCCCAAGUCCUUGUCCACCGCGCACAGCUUCUUCCAUCGUCCCUCGUCCUCGCAGGGCAAGCACAAACGCACCGCCAGCCUAAAUGCGCCGCCCAUGAUUAAAGAUAGUGAUUUAACCAACCCAACAACAUCAAGUGUAACCAUAACCGCUACGACUGCCGAAAGCUCGAGCAGUAGUAAUGCCAACAUGAUACCCGAGACCACCCAGCCCGAUCAGCUCCAGUCACAGUCACAGACACAGACCCAAACCCAGCUCCAGUCCCAGUCGCAGGCGCAGGAGCAUCCCGAGGCCAAUCCCCAGCAGCAAUCGCAGCCGGAGGAGGAGGCGAAGCAGGCGGACGCGGCUGGUAGCAAUGGUGGCGACAGGCGCGAUUCGAUCACCGAGGAGAUCACCAUAACGAGCACCACAAACAGUAGCUUGAGCACCAAACUCCUGACCAUUCAGGAAGCUGCCGGCAGCCUCGAGCAGAGCAGCGUCUCCAUAUCGACGUCCUCCAACCAGAACGCUUCCACAACAGCCGGCGGAUCGCCGCCGACAGCGAGUGCAGCCCCAGGUGCCAAUGAGUCCAACGGCAGCAGCAACCUCAGCUUGAACCAGGCCACCACUUCCACGAGUCCUGGCUCCAGUUCAGGUGCCGCUGCGCCGGGAGCCACGCCCAGCAUCACCAUCGUGUCCAGCGAUUCGGCUCGGGAUCAGCCAGCUCAGCAGUCGCAGAGCCUCGAAUCGAACGGAUUCACUGCUCCGGGGGACAGUCCCUCCAGCCGGAAGAGCUCCACCAGCUCCAAGGGCAAGGCCAGCCAGGCGAAGCUAUCCACAUCCAGCAGCGGUCGCGAUGAGCAGGACAUCUCGCACCACCGCCUGAGCGAUCUCACCCAGCACGAGCUGAGCCUGCUGCGCGUCGACCGGGAGCAGCAGUUGACCUCCAGCAGCUCCACCUCCAACGAGAAGCCUGCGAAGCCGUCGAGGCUCUCGGAGCGGGCCAAGAAGAAGUCCUGGUACAACGUCAUCUAUCCCAACUACAAGUCGCGGGCCGAGGACUUCAAGAAGCUCUUCAAGGACGUGCCCAACGAUGAGCGCCUGAUUGUGGACUACUCGUGUGCCCUGCAGCGCGACAUUCUCGUCCAGGGGCGACUGUAUGUGUCGCAGAACUACGUCUGCUUCCACGCGAACAUCUUCAGCUGGGAGACCUAUCUGAGCAUCAAGUGGAAGGAUGUGACGGCCAUCACCAAGGAGAAGACGGCCCUGGUGAUACCCAAUGCCAUAUCGAUAUCCAGCGGCAAGGACAAGUACUUCUUUGCCACGUUCACCUCGCGCGACAAGAGCUUCUUGAUGCUCUUCCGCGUCUGGCAGAACACGCUGAUGAAUAAGCCCUUUUCGGCGCAGGAGAUCUGGAAGCAUGUGCACACCUGCUACGGCGAGGAGCUGGGCCUGACCACCGACGACGAGGACUACAUCGAUCCCACGCUGGACAACGACAACGAGACGGACUUCGACUUCCACACGGCCAUCGAUGACGAUAGCCAGUCGCAGCGCCAGUCACAGCAGUCGAAUCAAUCCAACCAGUCGAAUCCCCAGCUGCCCCAGAGCGGCAACAGCAGCGCCAGCAGCGGCGGCGGUGUCCGGGCCUCAGCCCCCCGCAAGUCCAAGACGAAAUACUUCUUCAACUCCUCCAAAUCCUCGGCCAACGCCUCGGCCAGCGGCUCGGAUAACAAUAAGACCAGGGAGAGCUCUCGCAAACUGAACAAGAAGAUGAAGCAGAAUGCCAAAGAGCUGACCCUCAGCUCCGUCAAGCCAACGGAGCUCUCGGUGAGCGUCACCAUGAACGCUCCCAGCGCCAGCAGCAGCAGCACUGCCGGCUCCACCACAGCCUCCUCCUCCACCAUUGCCAACCACACGGGCUCUGGCUCAGGAUCGGGAUCUAUUUCGGGCUCAAACACAGCUGCGCCCAGCGGCAGUGGCAGCGACAAGAAAGCUGCAGAGAAGAAGGUCAGCACGGCCUCUAACUCCUCCGCCGUAGCAGCUGCUGCAUCCCUGGCCACUGCCGGGCCACCAGUCACGGAGUCCAAGGUGGAAAUAAAACGGAAGAUGGGAAAGAACCAUCGAAGCCAGCGGGAAGAGGGCAAAAAUGCUGCCGAGAGUGUGCCCACAGAUGUUUCCGAUUCGUCUGACUCCGAGGAGAACAAUUUGCCAUUUGUGCCCACCACGGAGUGCACCUCGACGCACGAGGGCCGCCAGAUCGUCCACACCAUUCUGCCCAUCAAUGUGGACACCCUGUUCAAUCUGCUGUUCAGCAAGUCGAAGUUCAUAACCGACUUCCAUGCCAUGCGCAAGUCAACGGACCUUAUGUUGGGCGAGUGGACCAAGAACGAGGAGGGUCUGCAAGUGCGCACCGUGAACGUCACCGUUCAAUUGGCCGCCUCUGUGGGUCCCAAGACCUCAAAGGUAACCGAGUACCAGACGCAGCGGGAGUGCAGCAAGCCGGGCGAACUGUAUUCCAUAGACGUAAAUAGUGUAAAUGCAGGCAUUCCAUACGCGGACAGUUUCAGUGUGCUCAUACACUUCUGCCUGGCCAGAACUGUCGAUGAUCACACUAUGCUGUCGAUUCACACCCAGAUCAAGUACAAAAAGUCGAUCUGGGGCGUUGUAAAGGGCUUCAUCGAGAAGAACACGUGGGCGGGACUGGAGGACUUCUUCGGAGCCCAGUUGCAUGCGCUCCAGAGCGAGACCUGCAUUCCACCUGCGAAGGGAAAGGGUCGCAGGCCCCGGAGAGGCAUGAAUCAGCAAUCCGCCACCUCGACCACCUCAACCACAUCGACCAACACCACUGCCACCACAGGUGUCAUCCUCUCAGCGACCAGUACGGACAAUGACAGCAUCCAAGAGUCGCGCCAUCGUCAUCCCCAUCCGCAGCAGCAGCAGCAGAACGAGCAUCACCAGCAUCAGCACCUGCACAUGCACCAUCACCACCACCAUCACCACGGUAGCCAUGGUAGCCAGCAUCAUCACCACGAUCCCAGGCACUCCCACCACCAUCAUCAUCACCAGCCUCCGCCUCCGCUCCCCCAUCAUCACCAGCCUCCCCAUUGGCAUCACCGUAAGGCUAUACUUCAGUCCAGCAGAGGUACCGCCACCCAGAUUCGUCCACUGGAGGAGGCAGUCGGUCCGGCCCCGACCGGUGAUCCCCUGGAGGCGCAAAUGCUGGCCACGGGAGGCGUUCCAACGGCGGCAGUCGGCGCCGCCUCGGGUCAUCCGCUGCUGCUCGAGGGGGGCAAGCAGCAGCAGCUCCACCACCAGCAGCAGAUGCACCACCACCACCUGCAGCCGCACAAGCAGCAGCACCACCACCAGCACCAACAGCAGCAGCAGUUGCACCUGGGCGGCGGCGACGGCCAGCCUGUGGCGGCGACGGGUCACCUCGGGUCACAGGGUCACAGACUCAGACACAAGGGCUUGUGGUUGUUGGUUAUACUGUUGCUGUGCUUGAUGCUGGCAUUAAAUGUGAUAUUAUUACUUAAGCUCUGGAAGCUGGAGGAACGCAUCGAUGUGGAUCUCAGUCGGCGGGCCCGCCUGCCCAGCUUGGCGGCCCUGAGUGACCUACCGAGCACCAACCAGGAGUGGCUGGAGCUGCUGCGCGACCAGGAGAUGGCGCACGAGAACGAGCUGCACAAGUGGCAGCAGGUGCUCCAGACCGCCAUCGAGCUGCUGAAAAAGGUGAGCAUUGUCUGCGAAAAGAUCUACAACGAUGGCCAGCUGCGUCAGAGCAUUGAGGCGAUGUCGAUGGCGGUGCACACUGAAUUCUAAGCAUCUCAUUACCACGGUGAUUAACAGCAGCGAACAGUGACUUCGGCGGACAGCAAGGGCGACCACUAAUUGUAAUCCUAACACUCACAACCAUACACGUGUAUACUGGCAGUGCGUUUCAUAACUGCAGGAAGGCACUAGGGAAAUAUAGAUAAAGUCAAAAGGUUAUAUUCUUUCUAAUAAACGAACUAGUUACUUGAUGGCUGAGUUAAAUAUACUGCAAACGAAGAAAGAAGACUCUUAAGUUUAAUAUUUUGUAUAGAAAGAGUUUGUAUUUACCAUUUGGUUGUUCUUUAGUUGAUUUGAAAACGAAUUUGUUACCAAUACGUUCUUUGCUAGAAUCUUAAGCGUUCUGAAAGUUUUGAAACGCACUGUGCUAGCGGGCAUUUGUUACUGAUCUCUUAGUUAGCAAUACACAAAAACCCGAAUUGUUGCAUGUCCCUUUGCCUCGGUUUGAGAUACGUUUUCUCUGGCACUGACUGAAGAGAUAAAUGUGGAAGAUUCCGUGUAGCCAAAUGCAAGCUUUAACCUAUGUUUUCCAACAUCCAACAUCUCUGGUUGAGAUACCAGAGUUGACAAUUCUAUAGCGAUAAGUUUUGUAUUCCGUAGAGCAAACUCCAGGCCAGCACAUUUUGUAUUGAAAAUCAUUUCGGUCUAUCAAGAAGCAAACAAAAUUUAAAUGUUUAGAGGCAAAGAGAGAGAAGAAUAGUGAAUGAAAUUCAGAUGGCACCACACAAAACUCACUGUUAAAAUCUUUAUAUUUUUUGUAAGUAAUUUGUAUUUUUUAUUUACCUUUGUAGAAAGCGCUCAUUCACUCUCAACUAACCCUUUUUACGUUCGACUAAUUUGUAGCUUAGUUGCUUCCUUGUAAAAUGCUUUUUAUAUGGUCAGCAUUAAGUUUGCCUUUAACCCGUUUACUCAAUUAUCUUUUCGUUUUUCAGACUGAAAGAACUUUGGCUGAAAUCAUUGUACGCUAGCAGUAAAAUAAUUUAAACAAAAUGUUGUGCAAGUUGAAUUAAUCCAAUCCAAUUGUCUUCGACAAGCUAGGAAAACACCCAAAGCAAUGUUUUGGGCCAAGAGCAAAGCCACCAAAAAAUCUGAAAUUGAAUUUAAAAUUCAACUAAAAAUUAGUCACAAACCCAACAUACACACACACACACAUAAGAGAAGAGAAUCGAAGGACACAAGCCAAUAUGUCAUUUAAGCAUAUUUAUGAUUAUGUUUUAACCGUAAGAGAAGCGCAGUGUAAUUUACGUCAUAAGUAGCUGCAUUUUAGUUAGAUUAGAGGCAAUUGUUUUGUUUUUACCACGGCAUUUACGCGUAGCACCUGUUUGCUUGGCUUUGCUUUAGACAAAUGUAUCUACAAAUUCCUCAAGUAUUUCAUAUCUCACAACAUACCAAAAACCGAUACAAAUCACGAGAGAGAGCGCCCUGAAUUUUUGUUUUAGAAAAUUCAUUUAAAUGUCGAGCGAGCGCAAAACUGGCUAACUGGAGGGGCAUAUUAAUUAUAACUAAUAAUAAUAACAUAACGCCAGUAUAUGGCUAGAGAGAAUUUGAUAAAAGCGAUUAUACAAAAUAUUUAUUGUGUACAAUAUUUUUGUAAUACCAGUCGAAACAAUUGUGAGCAAUGUUCUCGUUCUUUUGUAUAACUCCUCCUAACUCUUUACCCUCACCCGUUUUUUGGCGCCCGUUUACAGACGAUACCGAUACCAAUACAAGAAUCAGAUACCAGAUACUUCAAACUAUUCAAUCUAAAGCGCAAGGCAAGAUUAAAUCCCAUUAUGGCAUACUCUAUAUACACUAUAAAUAUGUACCAUGCAUAUGGGCCAAGUAUUGUUAGUCCGUAGUAGUUGCAUUUUAAAUUAACAGAGCGAAAAUAAACAAAACAAGAGCUAAAGGAAUGUGAGGAGCGGCAAAACAGAAAGUAAACCGGAAUAUUUAAGCAAAUUACAUUUAGGUCUAAGCUAAAGCAAAUUUAAAUGUUGGUUAAUCCCACACUAAAAACUAAUUCUUGUCAAAUUAAUUUGGUCGUAGCGAAAUUGGCUUAAAAUUUGUGUCACAAGUUAGGCUUAGUAAACAGAACAUACGAGAAUAAGAAACCGAAUGUUAAGCUGCAGUAAUGAGAAUUCUAAUUUAUUAUAAAAACAAAUAAAUACAAAUAAAAAAUAAAAAUGUUUUA